AUGGAUGAAACUGGCCUCCAGACAGUGCCAAACAAGUUACCUAAAGUUUAUGCUAAAAAAGGCAAGAAAAUUGUAGGAAAAGUUGUGUCCGCAGAACGUGGACAAACAGUAACGGCUGUUUGCUGUAUGGGUGCUACUGGAAUAUUCGUACCACCUGCAUUAUUUUUUCCUAGAAAGCUGCAAAAACCGGAAUUGAUGUAUGGAGCUCCAGAGGACUCCCUACAGCUUGUAUCCGAUUCUGGUUAUAUGAACUCAGAUCUUUUUAUAAUCUGGCUCAAUCAUUUCAUUAAGAUGGUCAAGCCAUCUAAAGAUGAACCUGCUCUUUUGAUUUUAGAUAAUCAUUCAUCUCAUUUAAGUUUACAGGCUAUUGAAUUAGCUAGGGAUCAUAGAGUUGUUCUUUUGAGCUUAGCACCACACACAAGCCAUCGCACGCAGAGUUUGGAUACAGGAUUUUUGGACCAUUAA